GCCACUUGUGACGAUGGCGGCCUGUGAGAUGGAUGCCUUCGCGAAUGAAGAAAAGCGAAAUCUGGAGCUGAGAGGCCAUGUGGGCUUUGACCGUCUUCCAGAUCAGCUGGUCAGCAGAUCAGUCGCUCAGGGGUUUAGCUUCAACAUCCUCUGUGUAGGCGAGACAGGGAUAGGCAAGUCAACGCUGAUGAACACUCUUUUCAAUACGACAUUUGAAAACGAGGAAGCCAGCCACUAUGAGAGCGAUGUGCAUCUACGCCCACAGACGUACGAUCUGCAGGAGAGCAAUGUCAACCUCAAGCUGACCAUCGUGCACACGGUCGGGUUUGGAGACCAGAUCAACAAAGGGGAAAGCUUUAAACCGAUUCUUGAGUACAUUGACACCCAGUUUGAAAGGUAUCUUGAGGAAGAGCUGAAGAUAAAGCGUUCCCUCUGCAACUACCACGACACAAGAAUCCACAUCUGCCUGUAUUUCAUCGCUCCCAACGGCCACUCCCUGAAGUCUCUGGACCUCGUCACAAUGAAGAAACUGGACAGCAAGGUGAACAUCAUCCCUGUCAUUGCAAAGGCAGACACAGUUUCCAGGAGUGAACUGGAUAAAUUAAAAAUCAAGAUAAUGAGCGAGCUGGUCAGCAACGGAGUUCAGAUUUAUCAGUUCCCCACAGAGGAUGAGGCCGUCGCAGAGAUCAACUCCUCCAUGAAUACACAUCUUCCCUUUGCUAUGGUUGGAAGUGUAGAAGACGUUAAAGUAGGAAAUAAGAUGGUGAAAGCGAGACUGUACCCCUGGGGAAUAGUACAGGUGGAGAAUGAAAACCACUGUGACUUUGUGAAGCUGAGGGAGAUGCUGCUGCGUGUGAACAUGGAGGAUCUCCGUGAUCAAACGCACGCUCGGCACUAUGAACUCUACCGUCGCUGCAAGCUGGAAGAGAUGGGCUUCAAGGACACAGGCCCUGACAGCCAGUCCUUCAGCCUUCAGGAGACAUACGAAGCCAAGCGGAAGGAGUUCAUUGUGGAGCUGCAGCGCAAAGAGGAAGAAAUGAGGCAGAUGUUUGUCAGCAAAGUGAAGGAGACAGAAGCAGAGCUGAAAGAAAAAGAAAAAGAGCUUCAUGAGAGGUUCGAGCAGCUCAAGCGGAUGCACCAGGAUGAAAAGAAGAAUCUGGAAGAGAAAAGACGGGAACUGGAGGAAGAGAUGAACGCCUUCAACAGAAGAAAGGUGGCAGCUGAGACGCUGAUGGGACAGGCCCUGCAGGGCUGCUCACAGCAGCCGUUCAAGAAGGACAAGGACAAGAAGAACUUCUUUAGUCUUCCAUCUGCCUGCUCCUUAACCUCAGGAAGGAAUUUGAAUUAGAAGAUUUUCUACCACAGCAAAACGAUCACAGACUAAUAACAAUGAAGUGUAUUAUUUUCACAAUGUGAAAUAACAAGUUUUAUAGAAAUGCACUUAACAUCCCUGGAGGUGAGUCAGUCUGCAGUCUUCCCUGUCUACUUAACUCUCCUUGAAACCUUUAAGCAGUGCUCUGUAGCAUGGUCUCUCCGCAUGGCUCUUAACCUUCAUUCCCACGAUGAUUAAAACGUGUCAUAGCCAAAAUGUUCGUUUUUGUACUAAAUGUGCUACCUUCUCUAAUCUGCCAUGUUUUGCUUGUAGUUUUUGACUGAUGACAGUUUACACUGUGAAGUAUAAAGUAUACUAUAA